CAUUGACAACAGCAACUGCGUUCAUCAGAAGUGUUGCCUUGUCAGUUUGUGCCUUGUAUUAAUGUUAAAAAGGGACUUUAAUUCCUCUUCACGGACACAAAACUACAGGUUUUUCAUGCCGCUGAGUAGACUUUCUAAGAUGAUUUUUGUUCGACGAAGAAGACGGUUCGCGUGCAAGCUAAUAAACCAAUUAGCUUGCUAGCUGGCGUUAGCACGUCGAGCUAAUCUCCUCACUUUAGUUAAUCCCGGUCCUCAACUAACCACCUCUACUUUAGUUGAUAUCUUUUCUAAGUGGUCGAGCCAAAACUAAGGAUUCCUGCAGCUCCGUGUGAAUACCUGGAAGAUUUGCACCAUACUUUUAAAUACCUUAAAUUAAGACACAUAAUAAGGGAAAGAAGAUGGAGCUUCACCUGAAUCGAGUUGAUUAUAUCCAGGUUGGUGUGACAUCCCAGAAAACUAUGAAGCUGCUUCCAGCACUGGGAAAAAAGGCAACUCAAAAGGUUGCUGUUGCUGAUCACGAUGGUAUACUCACAUGUUUUGGGAUGAAGAAGGGAGAAGCGGUCCCCGUGUUUAAAACUCUCCCGGGGCCGAAGAUCGCCAGGAUGGACCUGGGAGGCGCAGCUGGAACUCCCCAGGAGAAGAUCUUUGUCUGCUCUGGUUCCCAGGUCCGAGGAUUCACCAAGAAAGGGAAACAGUUCCUCACCUUUGAAGCCAACCUCACCGAGAACAUUAACGCCAUGCACGUCUCAGGCGCUGACCUUUUUGUGUGUGCAAGCUACAUCUACAACCACUACUGUGACUGCAAGGAUCAAGACUACUACCUCUCUGGAGACAAAAUCAAUGAUAUCACGUGUGUGUCCUCGGAAAACCUGUCUCGCCUCGUCCCUGUCCUGGCAUGCCAAGACCGAGUUCUCAGAGUCUUGCAGGGAUCUGAACUUGCCUAUGACAUUGAAGUCCCUGGUCCUCCGUCCGUUUUGGAAAUGUACAACAAAGAUGGAGGGGAGGACAUCCUCUAUGGAACCACGGAUGGAAAAAUAGGACUCGUCCAGAUCGGUGAGCACUCAGCUGUGACCAAAUGGGAGAUUGACAAUGAAAAAAAGAAAGGAGGAAUUCUUUGCAUUGACACUUAUGACAUUAUCGGAGACGGAGUGAAUGACAUCCUGGUGGGCCGAGAUGAUGGGACGGUUGAGGUCUACGGUUUUGACAGCUCCAAUGAACCCACGUUACGCUUUGAACAUGUGUUGUCUGAGAGCGUGACCUCCAUCCAAGGUGGCUGUGUGGGCAAAGAGUCCUACGAUGAGGUCUUGACUGCUACAUAUACAGGAUGGGUGACUGGUUUGACCACCGAGCCCCACAAGGCAGAAGCCGGCCCCGGAGACGAGAUCAAGAUGAGUAAAGAGACUCAGUCCAAAGUAGAAGCACUCAGGGCAGAGCUGGAGCAGCUGCAGGUCAAAGUCCUGCAGGGUCGUGAGCAGUACCAGCAGACCUCUCAGUCGAGCACGGCCGUCUCCGCUGUCCCCGUCUUCAGCAUCAAUGACAAGUUCACCCUCUGCCAGGACGACGCCAGCUACAGCCUCACCCUGGAGGUGCAGACGGCCAUCGAUAACCUGCUGCUGCAGAGUGACGUCCCCAUAGACCUGCUGGACGUGGACAAGAACUCAGCUGUUGUCAGUUUCAGUGAAUGCGACUCAGAGCCUAAUGGGAACUUCCUCCUGGCCACAUACAGAUGUCAGGCCAACACUACCAGACUUGAGCUUAAGGUGAGGUCCAUCGAAGGGCAGUAUGGGACCCUGCAGGCUUACAUCACCCCCAGACUGCAGCCUAAGACCUGCCAGGUCCGCCAGUACCAGAUUAAACCUCUGUCCCUCCACCAGCGGACACACAGCAUAGACCAAGACAGGCCCAUGAAUAGGCUCAGUCUAGUGGGGCAGUUCAGUUUCGCAGAGAUCCACUCCUGGGUGGUUUUCUGUUUGCCAGAGGUGCCUGAGAAAACGCCAGCGGGAGAGAGCAUCACUUUCUAUUUCCACAACACGUUCCUCGGCACUCAGCUUGAAGCGACAUAUUGCAAAGGCGAAGGUCACUUCAAGUCCGACAACAUCUCUACUAUCUCCAUACUGAGCGAUGUCCUCUCUAAGGAAGCCACCAAGAGGAAAAUCAAUCUAAACAUUUCAUACGAUAUCAGUGACGAGUCCGUGAGCCAUACCCUUAGGAUGAUCCAUCCGAAGCUGGAGUACCAGUUGUUAUUGGCUAGAAAAGUUCAGCUUAUCGACGCACUUAAAGAGCUUCAGGUUCACGAGGGCAACGCCGACUUCCUCAUCCCAGAGUAUCGCAGCAUUUUGGACGAAUCCGCUAAUCUCCUGGAGGAGUACAAGAAGCAGCCGGCUCACCUUGAAAGACUUUACGGAAUGAUCACAGACCUCUUCAUCGACAAAUUCAAGUUCAAGGGCCAGAACGUGAAAACAAAGGUGUCCUCGCUGUUGGAGAUACUCGAUAAUUAUGACUUAAAUUCCCUGUUAGACUUUUUCAAUGAGGCGUAGCAUCGAAUAGAUCAGAGGUUGUUUAUUUAAUUGUCGUUUGUGCUAUUUUUGUAAAAACAUCAGCUUUGUUUGAUGGUAGUUACUGUCUGUGUAAAUGUCACGUUGUCAUAUUGUCAUUAAGAAGCUGUUUAAUCACAAUAUUAAAAUAUUUGUAAAGUCUUUUUAAUAGCAUCUAAAAUGACUAAUACAAGGGUGUCAGUUUUAUUAGAGGCUGUGAUUUAAAUAUCAGAAAUACCCCUGUUAAAAGCAUAUACUGUAUGUUUUGUAUCAUAAUUAUCAUAGAACUGUGUUUCUUUAAAUAAAAACAAUAAUCAAUGUAAGACUCAUUAUUUCAGGAACUGAACUCUUUUUAUUUUAUUUAUUCAUCUUCAUUUUAUUUUUUGCCUAAAAGGCCAAAUUUAUGUCUACGAUCACGAUUCUAUUUAUAAGAGCAAUAUUAUUAAUUAUUAAUCAUUAUAUGUGAUCUAUCAAAUGUUUUUUUAGUGUAUGGGCAAUAAUGCUUCCUUGAUUCGCUUUAAACAUGUUUGUUUUGG